AUGUCCACUUCUAAACCAAGUGAUCAUCACAAAACUAUCCAGGGCCUUGAGAGCAGUUUGGUUCACAACAAUGUUACUGGCUUUUCCAUGCUCCAAAGGAACAACACAUCCCCAUCAUCAAGUGAGAGGAGGGGACGGCGGAAGGUGGCAGAGCCAGGGCGGUUUUUGGGGGUCCGGCGGAGGCCAUGGGGCAGGUAUGCGGCGGAGAUAAGGGAUCCCACCACCAAGGAGAGGCACUGGCUGGGCACCUUUGACACUGCCCAUGAGGCUGCCUUGGCCUAUGACAGGGCUGCCCUUUCCAUGAAGGGCGCCCAAGCAAGAACCAAUUUUCUUUACACUACUACAAAUGCCUUUCAAUUCCAAAACUACCCCCUCCAUCUCACACAGCCAUCACCACCGCAGCUCCCCACCACCAAUCAGGGAGUGCCACGCCAGCAUGACAUGUGUCAGGACCAGAUUAACCCAAUUCACUCUGACAAUGACUCUGGAUCUCAAUCCUCGUAUGGGUCCUCGCCAAAUGACACCAACUUUUUCUUCCCUAGUGCUGACACUAAUUCUGGCUACUUGGGGUGCAUUGUCCCAGACAGCUGCCUCAAGCCCCCUAGCCCCAGCUCCACCAACAAAAACUCCAAAAGCAGCAUCUUUUCAAGUGCUUCUGAUCACCCCAACACAAACUUUCCCAGCACAAGUUUUCCCGGUAUCCAGAGACAAUGUGGUGAAGAUGCACUUCCUUUUGAAGCUUCAGAUGCUUCUAACAUAGACCUGAUUUCUUUCUGUGAUGGGUAUGGCUACAACGGAUUUGAUCAGCAGCCAUGGGAAGGUGACCUGUCUGCUGUGAUUAACAAUCCAUGGAUUGGGGAAGACGGGUGGAUGGAGGCCCUGUGUCCAAACAGCGGAAGCGAUAUUCAGUGCUCUUCUUCUUCAAUCCCUCCAUUGGGUGGUGAUGUGGUUGACUUGGGGUACUCUCUCUUCUGA